UGGUUUAGUACAGAACUUGUCCAAAACAGGAACUAUUUUUUCAUCAAUUUCUGCACUUGCUUUCCAAGUCUGGCACAGGUAUUGUUAAGAGUUUGGAAAGGAAGAGAACUGAUGAAGCACUGCAAUGGAUUUGCAGCACAGGUCUGUCCGCGCCGACUCCUUGCUCUCUUUCAUGCUGCUUUUUUAAGCUCGUACGGCAUCUUACCUGCCUUCUAUUUUUAGUUGUCACUGGAGGGGUGAGGCAGUGUACGUAAUUCUCAUUAGGGUUAAUUUAAUCCAAUUGUGAUGUGGAUUUGAGGUAAUUAGGAGGUCACAACUGAGCGUGAGCUGUGUCUGCUUCCAGGGGCUCCCAAAAAACGAUGGACCCUGACAAUUUUUUCUGCUUGUAAAACUCUAAGCACAUGCAUGUAAAUGUGGGGGUGUGAUCUGGUGCUUGUGUUACACGGCCGUGUCUGUUGGUCUCUGUGACUGUUCCCUAACCAGAGAAGAGGGCUCGUGUAUGUCUCAGGGGUUUGUGUGCUUCGGGGGCUCACAGAUCUCACGAGGCAGCCGUGAGGACUGAUGUCUCUGCUCUUUGGAAUUACUAGUGAGCUUUUUGUGUCUUUUGGCUUAUAUUCUCUUUGGACAAGUCAUCCCCUUCUGGAAGGUCCUUGUUGGUCCUCACCUGCAACAGUGGACAGUGCCUGACACAGCACCCGCACCCACCCCCAGCGCUGGGCUCCUGUCCCAGCCGUGCAGCUCCCAGCUUCGUGUCCUUCCUCAGUCCGGGGAGUGCAGGGGAGCCACAAGCCGGGGCCACCCGCGGGGUCCUGCCCCUUCUGGCCUCCAGCAGCGCCGGGGUGCCCGUGGGGCCGGAGCUGUGCCCCCGGCAGUUCGCUCCAGGCGAUCCAGGCAGCGUUUUCCCUGUGCUCGGCAAGGCAGCGGAGCGCUGCAGGGCGCACGGGGACUCUGUCCACAGCCAUAGUGCUGGGCCCGCUCCGGCACAGCAUGGACAUGGACGGGGUGCCGCAGAGCCCGUGAUGUAGGGAGAGCUUCUGUGCCUGACCUGCAGCCGCCGGUCCUCCCGGAGGCUUUCACGACAGCCACGCGUAGACUUGUCAUGGAAUUAAAGAAAACUACAUCCAAGGUGUGCAGCGCUGCGCUCCUGCUGCCACUUUUCCUCCUGUUUUGGGGAACUUCAUCCUCUGAAAAUGACAGCAGCUGUUCAUCAUCCCCAUGUGAAAAUGGAGGGAGCUGCAAGGAUUUGGAAGUGGGUUAUCAGUGCACCUGCCCCGUGCAGCCUGUAGCCUACACAGGCACAAACUGUGAAAUUCUCUAUGAUGCAUGCGUCAAACAUGAUUGCCCUGCCCACAGCAUUUGCAACAGGACCGAAGGACUCCUGGAAUACGAGUGCAUCUGUAUGCCUGGCUUUACAGGUAGUGAUUGUGACAUUAAUAUUAACGAGUGCGAGAGCAACCCCUGUAAAGAUCCUCGUUUUGAAUGCGUAGAUAGUAUAAAUGGAUACACCUGUAAAUGCCGAACAGGACUGGAUGGAGAAGGCUGCCAAACAGAAAGCUCUGUGUGCUCUAGCCACCCCUGCCUAAAUAACGGGACGUGUGUUGAGGGUCCUGGGGACUAUGUCUGCAUCUGCCAGCCUGGCUUCACCGGGGCCCACUGCAAAGACAACAUUGAUGAGUGCGCCUCCAACCCGUGCCAGAACGGAGCCAUCUGCCGAGACAGGGUGAAUGAGUAUAGCUGUUUCUGUGUGCCUGGGUUCCAAGGAUACAACUGUGAAAUAGACAUCAACGAGUGUGCGUCCCGGCCCUGUAAAAACAAUGGCACCUGCCUGAAUGAGAUGGAUCACUAUUUGUGCAAGUGCAUCCCUGGCUACACAGGUAUAAACUGUGAUGCUGAAAUAGAUGAAUGUGCUUCAUACCCUUGCCAGAAUGGGGCCUCGUGCAUAGAUCACGUUGGGUUCUACACCUGCACCUGUGCACCCGGUUACCGAGGAAUCCAGUGUGAGGUGGACAUCAACGAGUGUGAGAGCCAGCCAUGCCAGCACAACGGGACAUGCCAUGACCUCAUUAACAGCUACCAGUGUGACUGCAGUGACACAGGCUUUGAAGGGGACCACUGUGAGUUGGAUAUCCUGGAGUGUGCCUCUGAGCCCUGUCUGAACAAUGCCACGUGUGUUGAAGGAAUCAAGAACUACAGCUGUGCCUGUUGGCCAGGUUACACAGGACAGCACUGUGAAGAGGACGUGGAUGAAUGUGCAGCAGAUCCCUGUUACAACGGAGGUGUAUGCCUCGAACGAUCCAACCAGUCCUACUAUGGAACACGACCUGACUUCCCCAGUGAUUUCAGCUAUAGCCAAGCAGCUGGUUUCCAGUGUUGGUGCCAGCCAGGCUUUGCAGGGGAGACCUGCUUUACGAACAUUGACGAGUGUGAGUCCCAGCCGUGUCAGAAUGGAGGGCACUGCAUGGACCUUGUUGAUGGCUUUCUUUGCCGUUGCCUACCAGGUUAUUCAGGUGUGGAAUGUGCUGUUAACAUCAAUGAGUGUGAGGAGGGUCCCUGCAAGAAUGGAGCUGUCUGUGAGGAUGGCAUUGCUGACUAUACCUGCCACUGUGCCCCUAGCCAGGAUGGCAUUGUAUGGGGAGGGAAGAACUGCUCUGUCAAGCUCACUGGGUGCCAGACACAUGACUGCCAAAAUGAGGCCUUGUGCAUCCCCACCUACCAAGCUGAGAGCCACGGCCACCUGUGCCAGUGCCAGCCUGGUUUCUCUGAUGCCACAUGCUCAACACCAACAACGUUUUCCUUUGCUUCCAGAGGGUAUCUCCUCAUUGAGCUGCCCGUGAACAAUCAGAGCAGGAGGGAGAUAGCAGGAGAUCAGCUUGCCAGUGUGUCCCUCCGGUUCCGAACCACCUUGCCCAGCGCCAUCCUUUUUUACAGAGGCCAUGAAGCUGAAUACUUGUUCCUGGAGCUCUUUGAUGGCAUUCUGCAUGUGGGACUGAAGAGGGAGGAUGUUGGGUACCUGCUGCUCCUGGAGGGGCUGAGAGUUGAUGAUGGCCAUUGGCAUAAAGUCGAAGUUGUUUUGCAGAGCACUGUGCAGCUGAAGCUCUGGCAUGACUCUUGUGAAGCAGGCGUCUGCCUGCGGAGCUCUUCUGUCCCUCACGGCACGGCUUCCAUCCCGCACGCCUUCCUCAGCGUGUAUAUCGGAGGUGCUGUGGAUCCAAUGGCCAGCAACACACACAGCCAGCAGGGCUUCGUCGGCUGCCUGCAAGACGUGUGGGUGGAUGCUGAAGCUGUGCUGCCGGAGGACCUCCCGGUGAACGAGUCAUCCCCGGUGCAGCUGGGCUGUGAGCGGACGGAGUGGUGCCUCUCUGGGCCCUGCUCACACGGAGGGCUGUGCAUCGACCUCUGGGCAACGUUCAGGUGCGACUGCUCCAGGCCUUACGGAGGCCCUGCGUGCUCCUACGAGCGCCCAGCAGCAACAUUUGGCCUGGAGAAUUCUACCAGCUUUGCCUCUUUCAUCCUUUCUGAUAGCCUUGGUGCUGACUUCAAUAUCUCCUUUUUCAUUCGUAGUUUGAAACCUAAUGGUUUGCUAUUGCAGAUCAGCAAUGGAACAGACCCUUGCCUCACAAUAUAUUUGAAAAAUGGCAAGCUAAAGAUAGAGAUGUUAUCUACAGAUACUGUGACAUUUCCAGAAAAUGUAGUUGAUGGGAGAAGACAUUUGGUAGCUCUGUCUGUCCAAGGAGGAAUUAUUGGUGCCCACCAAUCAGACACAUACGUGGAGCUGGGACACCUUGGAGGAACACCUCUUUUAGCUGGCUAUGAAGUGUAUAUUGGUGGGCAUCCGAACCCAGCCAGCACUGAUGCAUGGGGAGGCUACUUCAAAGGCUGUUUGCAAGACAUCCAGCUGAACAACCAUGAAAUAGAGUUUUUUCAGGUUGAGAACUACAGCCUCCCACAGGAACAAAAUGUGAAUCUGGUAAAUGGAUGCAUCUCUGAUAACACCUGCAAGUCCGAGCCAUGUCAGAAUGGUGGCCAAUGCAUCGUCACUUGGAAUGAUUUCCAUUGUAGCUGUCCAGCAAAUUUCACUGGGAAAUUUUGUGAAGAGAGAGUCUGGUGUGAAAGUAACCCAUGUCCUGAAGCUACCACAUGUGUAGACGUUCUAGCAGGAUAUGUGUGUCUGGCUAAUGCAACAUUUACUAGUGAUGGUGCCAUUGAAUUUACCACCAACACAUCAGUGACCAGAACGCUGAGCAGCCUCCACGUGGAUUUCAGAACCAGGGACAAAGAUGCUGUUUUGCUUCGGGCUGUGGAAGAAGUGGAUUCCCUCCAGAUAGCCAUUAAGAACUCCUCCCUCCUUGUUGCCAUCAGGAGUGGGAACAGUAUUGAAGGUGUCAGCUUCCUGAGUAAGGACUCUGUCACGGAUGGUGCCUGGCACACAAUCUCUGUGUCUAUGGAAGAGCCGUCUGCUCUUUCGUCUAGAUGGGUGAUUCACUUGGAUGGGGCUGUUAAUGUGACUCUGCAGGGAAGUGCUGGGAACUUGGACUUCUUAAAGAACAAUGCACCAAUUGUUCUAGGUGAAAACUUCACUGGCUGCCUCGGACAAGUGAAGAUAGGGGGGAUCUACCUGCCGUUCACUGCCCACCUCUCAUACCCUCAGCCAGAGCAGUUCCAGCAGUCCAGCAGAAGGACCGUCCAGCUGGGCUGCACGGGGGCUGAUGUUUGUGCUUCCAGCCCAUGCCUCAAUGCUGGCACCUGCCAGGACUUGUUCAACUCCUUCAGCUGCGCCUGCAGUGCUGGCUGGGGAGGGCUGCUCUGCGAGUCUAACAUUGACGACUGCCAGCCAAACCCUUGUGUUCAUGGCAACUGUGUUGAUGCAGUAGCAGAUUUUCAGUGUGAUUGCUUCCGGGGAUACAUUGGGAAGAAGUGUGACAUCAACGUGGAUGACUGUGUGCGGCACCAGUGCCAAAAUGGAGCCACCUGCAUUGACAGGGUUUAUGGCUACUCCUGCAAGUGCCUGCCCCAUUUUUCAGGACCUCGCUGCGAAUGGCCGUUCCCACCUGAGCAGUGUGGUAAGAACUUCACUUGUCUGAAUGGUGGCAGGUGCAUCACUGAGACCUGGGGAGCCAACUGCAGCUGCAAGCCAGGUUUCACUGGAAGAAAUUGUCAAAUUAAUAUAAAUGAGUGUGAUCCAAAUCCUUGCCAGAACGGAGGUACAUGUCAAGACUCUGAGAACAAAUACGAAUGUUUGUGCAGUGCCAGCUACACUGGAGAGCGCUGUGACAUUAAUCAGCCAGUGUGGGCGCACCUUAGUAACUCCUCCAUUGUGGGAGCUGUCGGGGCUGCAGGGGCUGCCCUUCUCCUUGCAGUUGGUGCAGCCACGGUGAUUGUCAUGAAGAGGAGGAGAGCAACUCAGGGAAGAUACAGUCCAAGCCGGCAGGAAAAAGACGGGGCUCGAGUGGAAAUGUGGAACGUAAUCAAGCUGCCACCAACUGAGAGGCUGAUAUAACAAGUGGGGUCACAGGUGCUGUCGUCCUUUCACAGUCAUGGAACUGUUGCAGCAUUUCGGUCUUAGGCCAACUCAUUUUUGUUUUAGUUUUUGUUUUGUAGGACAGGUCUGUCCUGCUUUAAGCUACUUACAGGACCCUUGGCAGUAAGAUUCAACUGCUUAAAUGAACUUGGUAAUUUUAUGUUAUUCCAGUUCAUCCCACAAAAGCUUUGUAUAAAAUUGGUCUGCAAGCAAGAGCAGUAAAGUCUGGGGAGAAAAGAAAAGCCCUGGAGGCGGUGACAGCAAGGAAGCAAGUAGUGGCUAUGGCGCAGCAGAGGUAAGGUGUGUGGACCCCUACCAGAACACAGUGCCACUGGUCCCUAGUGAGCCGGUAGAGGCAGCUGUGUGCUGCCAGCCUUACCCAUUGCAUCCAUCCGUCAUUUCUGCAGUAACUGUCACUGCUGGCAGUCAGGGUCACUGGACCACGUAGCUAAGUGAGGAAGGUCUAAGGGUGGGGGACAACUCACUGUAUUAAGAAAUUACAAAACAGUGUGCCUGUGCCACGGCAGGCGACUGAUGGAAGGUAACUCCUAGAGCAGCUGCUGUCCUUCCACAAGAGGACCACAGUGAAAUACCAAUAUGCUAUAGUGCACUUCUACUAAAGCUUUUUUCCUAAGACUAGACUAAACCAUAGGAAUAUAUUAAGUGCCUUUCUAAGACUGCCUCACCGGUUACAGUAUUAAUGUUCUUGAAAGUAGGAUGCUUAUACGUAGAAAAACUGAUCACUUGCUUUGAUCAGACUACAAUGUUGACAUUAGCAGGCUGGGUGAUUUGUUUUUUUCCCCCCUCAAUCUGUUCCUAGGUCUAGUAUCUGCCAACCACACAGAGCAGACUGCAGUGACUCAGGCGUUGACAUUAAAAAGCAGGACCACACAAUAGUCCUUAGUAAGAGCUUUAACGUUUGAAUGUCAAGUGAUACCUGAGUGAGAAGGGGGUGAAAGACAUUUUUCAAGACUUGUAGCCUUCUGGACCCUCAGGUUUGGGCUUGUCGAUACAAAAGAGUGGAAUUUAGUUAAUUAAUAUACUGAACUUUACAACAACAAACCAGUUUCAUGUUAGUGAAACAGCAUUUAUUUUCCACUUUGCUCCAAAAGGGAUAUUUAUUUUUUUGGCUUUACUGCUCCUUUGUUACUGUUUUAGCUGAUGAAUGUGCAACUUUGUCUUUAACAUAAUGUGUCAAAGCCUGAAGAAAGAACUACAGCAGAGCAGGCCAAAUAAGGCUUAAAAUCAGUAGCAUCUCAGAAUAAUUACUACACGUAUCUGUGAGAAAUAUUUAGAAAACAGUGUCUGCUUUUUAAUCUCCAAAAUACUAUUAAUAAGCAGGGUGUGAAUAUGCACCAUAGCUAAUUGCCACUGGAAGACAAUGCUAUACUGUUUUAUGCUUUUUGCUCUUAGAUUUUUUUAAAAGUGUAGUUGUAAACUUUUUUUUUUUGGUAAUUCUAAGCAAAGGGAAGAGAUGAAACUACUGAUCAGGGCUGUCCAAUUAAGAACAGGUCUUCUGCAUGUGUGCAACUGUGGACGUAAGGUAAAGAAUGAAAUAUUUGGAGAAGCAGAACACAAGAAGUCAUUAGGAGGUGAAGCAAUUAAUGUUUUGUCUUUAAAGUCACUUUUCUCUAAUAUUUAGGAGAAGUUAAAAGAGCAACUGGUGAUGUCACCCUGGCUGUGGUUUGGAAAGGAAUUGGACAUAGUACUGAUAAGUUAGUGCAUGUCUACAUUUCAGGUCAGGGAGCUUGCUAUCACUUUUAUUUAUUUAUCAGCAGUAAUGCUGCUGUUAUUUGUAACAUGGAUGAUUUGCUCUGUGUAUGUUCCAGAUACUAUUUAGGAAGGUCUAACAUACUUUUAGAAUAGAGACAACUCUACUGCCCACUAACCUCGCUACAGGGGAACAAGUUAAACUGCACACCUUAAGAAAAUGCUGAGUAUAAUUUUGCCCAGCAGCAUCUGGGUAACAGGACUAAAGCAAUGAAGCAGAAAGGGCUUUUCUGGCAGAGCAGGUCUGAAGGGGAGGGCCCCACAUGCAGAGCUGGUUAGUGUGUCUCUAGAGAAACAAAAAUUUACUCUUGGUCUGAGACUGCCCCAUCUUAAGGGUGGUGUUUGGGGUUAUCUCCUGGUGAGAAGGGACUCAGACCCCACACCAGCAGCCAUGGGCAGAGUGCCCUGUGUCCUGCCAGAGCACAGCUGCGUCUAAACCUUUACUUAAAUGCAAAGGUAGGUGUGUUUUUUUUUUAUCCCAUAAUGACAUACAGUAAAGCUACAGCAAGCUUAGAAUACAUGUAUGUUGCUUUGGGUUUCCCAAAUCUAAGGCCUGAUUAAACUCCGGGUUGUUGCCAGGAGAGGUGUGUACUUUGACUUUUUAGCUCUGUUCCAUUUUUUCAUAGAUUUAAAAAUGUAGAAAAAUGAAGGCAGCAAUGGGAUCUAAAUAUUAUCAAUCAGUAUUACUCUAGCCUGUGUUAUUUUGAGAAGAACAGAAUUGUGUUGGAAGAGCUGAAUAUUACUAAGCUGCUGACCUAUCCUGAAAGGCAACAAGUAGCUACAAAACCGACAAUAAUAAAGACACCUGAAAACCCAGCAAACUGCAAGCAGUGAAUCUGUCUGCAUCCCCUGCUGUUCCUGGGUAGUCAGCAGGAAGACUGCUGCUCAGUCACUUUACGGGAUUAGGAGCAGACAUUUGUACUUCAAGCACCCAAAGCCAGUACUAGUAAAAGUGUUAAAAUAUUUUUGUCAGUGUCUUGAGCAUUUCUGCAAAAAUAAUUUAUGAAAGUUUUUUUCAAUAAUGAACUUAACUUUCUUUUGAUAUUUAAUUUUUAAAUAUAUUUUUUCACAAAACUGGAUUUGCUGUAGUUAAUGGUCACAGUCCUGAUCUUUUGUAAUUGUAAAUUUUAUAAGUUGUAAAAAAAUAAAAAUAAAAAAUAGAAUGUCCCUCAAAAGAAAUUUACAAUAAAAAUGGAUAAAAAUA